ACGCCUCACAACGGCGUCAAGUAUUCGUGCACCGGCGGCUACAAGUGGCGAGACUCCAAGAAGGCAGACCCCAACCUGCUGACGGGCGCCAUGGUCGGCGGGCCAGACAGGAACGACGGCUUCAAGGACUCGCGCAACACCUUCGGGCAGAACGAGCCGACGCUUGUAGGCAACGCCGGCCUCGUGGCGGCCCUGGUGGCUCUCACCAACAGCGGCAGGGGAGUCGGCAUUACCGCCGUCGACAAGAACACCAUGUUCUCCGCCGUGCCGCCAAUGUUCCCUGCCGCGCCGCCGCCGCCGUCGUCAUGGAAGCCGUGAGUGCUACCGGAUCAGCUAGUACGGUGGUUCCUUCGUUUGGUCAUACGAUUUUUGGUGAGCGAGAUCGCCGAUCAUGUACGCGCGCGAAUUCUUUUGUACAAUACCACGUUAACAAAUACGUACUGCGCACGGUGGCAUGCAUCAUGCGUGACCUGUAGAUGUUUUUAUGGAUUACAUUACAGUUAAUGAAUGGAUGGAUACAUAUCUUCGCAAUCAA